AUGGACAAAUAAAUACGGACAAAUUUUCUCCUCCGCUGUGUCAGUGCCAACACAAUGCCCAAGCAGGUGGAGGUCAGGAUGCACGAGAGCCACCUGGAGCCUGUGGACCUCCCGGCUGAGCCCAUGUGUUGGGGCAUCUGCCAGAAGCUGCACCAAAACAUGCUUCUCACACUUACAAUUCUGGGUGUGGUUGUGGGGUCUGUUUCUGGAAUGCUCCUGCGCUAUGUUUCUCCUCUGCCUGCUGAUGUCAUAAUGAUCAUUGGUUUCCCUGGAGACAUUCUCAUGAGGAUGUUGAAGAUGAUCAUUCUGCCUCUCAUCAUAUCCAGUUUAAUCACAGGACUGGCGGGAUUAGAUGCUAAAUCUAGCGGACGUCUAGGCUCCAGGGCCAUGAUCUACUACAUGUCUACCACAAUCAUCGCAGCCGUACUGGGCGUGAUCUUGGUACUGGCCAUUCACCCAGGAAACCCAAAACUGAAGGCCCGUCUGGGGCAGGGACACAAGAAUGAUGAGGUGUCGAGUUUGGACGCAUUCCUGGACCUUAUCAGGAACCUCUUCCCAGAGAAUCUGGUCCAGGCUUGUUUUCAGCAGAUUCAAACAGUCUCAAAGAAAGUAGAGGAGAUUCCAGAUUACACCGAAGAUGGGAACAGUACCAUGGAUGAUUUUCUUCUUGGUGGAUCAAAAGCUCCACCUCAGCCUGUGAUCGUUGUAAAAAAGUCCUUUCAAUACAAGGGUGGAAUGAACGUAUUAGGCCUGAUUGGAUUCUUCAUUGCAUUUGGGAUAUGCAUGGGGAGGAUGGGGGAGAAGGCAAGGCUGAUGCUGGAUUUCUUCAGCAUCUUAAAUGAGAUCGUCAUGAGGCUGGUCACCAUGGUCAUGUGGUAUUCACCACUGGGUAUCGCCUGCCUGAUCUGUGGAAAGAUCAUAUCCAUCAAAGAUCUUGAGAUGGUGGCACGGCAGCUGGGAAUGUAUAUGGUGACAGUGAUCGUGGGACUCAUCAUUCAUGGUGGCAUCUUUCUGCCUCUCAUCUACUUUGUCAUCGUCAGGAAAAACCCCUUCACUUUCUUUAUGGGCAUCUUCCAGGCGUGGAUCACUGCUCUGGGGACAGCUUCUAGUGCUGGGACACUGCCCGUCACAUUCCGGUGCCUGGAGGAAAACCUGGGCAUUGAUAAAAGGGUAACACGUUUUGUGCUACCUGUUGGUGCCACCAUCAACAUGGAUGGUACAGCCCUCUACGAGGCAGUGGCUGCCAUUUUCAUUGCGCAAAUGAAUGGUAUCCACUUAGAUGGCGGUCAGAUUGUCACAGUCAGUCUAACGGCCACCCUGGCCAGUGUUGGGGCAGCCAGUAUACCCAGUGCUGGGCUUGUUACCAUGCUCCUGAUCCUGACUGCUGUGGGGCUGCCCACUCAGGACAUCAGCCUGCUGGUGGCUGUGGACUGGCUUCUGGAUCGGUUCCGAACCUCUGUCAAUGUAGUGGGUGACUCCUUCGGUGCGGGCAUCGUGUACCAUCUGUCGAAAGAGGAGCUGGACUCCCUUGACUCAAAUCAGACGAAGUUGGAUGACAUUGAGAUUGAUAAGGCACAGUUCUACUAUGAUGAUCUGAAGAACCACCAUGAGAACAACACCAACCAGUGUGUUUAUGCCACUCACAACUCAGUCCUGCUAGAUGAGUGCAAGGUAACCGCAAAUGGCUCCACUGCAGAGUACUCUCUUGUUGAGGAGGAACCAUGGAAACGUGAAUAA